AUGGACGACCUACUUUCCAGCAUUAAAGUCAAGAUGCUAACUGAGGCGCAUUCUGAGAACUCCAGUAUUAGCUUUGCUGAAAGCAUCAGAAAACUUUUAGGAACGGUUGAAGAUGAGCUCAGAAGUGUUAGAGAAUCAGUACUAGAAAGCAUUGAUGUUUCCAGUAUUAACUAUGUAAAAUCCAAGAAAGAAUUGGACUCGCUUCAGACUGAAGCAGUGGCAUUGAGAAAAACUAUUGCAUCUAUUGAAACCAAGGUUGAAGAAGAUUUGGAAUCUUCAAAAGGAGCUGCUGAAAUUGAAGAGAUUUCUAGUAUUAAGAGGGAACUUGCGACCCUCAAGAAAGCCAGUGUUUUCUUUGAAACAAUAGCACAGCUUCACUCCGUUUUUGCCGAAUUCGAUAAUUAUUUAGUUGAAUACGAAUUCGAUUUGGCUGCUGAUGCAUUAAGUAAUGCCAGUCAGAAGCUAAAUGAAAUCAACUUUGAUGAUAGCGAUAUCAAUCAAAUUGGAUCAGAGAAUAUCACGGGAAACAGAGCUAUACAACGAAUUGAAGAAGAAAAAGAUGUUUUUGAGGAGGUCAAAAUAGAAUACCUCCAUAGAAGAGGAAGGCUUGUGAGCAUUGUUGAACUACUAUUUAGAUAUAUAUUCCAUUUAGAACGAAAUGAAAUCAGAAUAAGAAUGAGUUUGCCAAGGAGCUUACUUAUGGAAAUUUCUGAUUUUAACGUUGGGUUCGAUUCUAAGGACUCUUGUUCAACAGAUGACGGGGAUGAGAUCAGAGUAUCUCUUCAAGAUGUUUGGUACUCCCUUAUAUCUGUUGGUGUAGUGAAUGAGCAUGUAGCAUAUCUUUCAAAACUUUGUAUUGACAAUAUUCUUGAUCCUUUGGUUUCUAAAUCAAGCAAGCUUUCUGCGGAGAAGAAUUGUGGGUACAAACUGCUUCCAUCUGAAACUAGAUCUCACAAUGAAUACAAAUGGGAAUAUAAGGUUGUAUCUAGCAAGUCAAAUGAUAAGUAUAUGGAUUCUGAUGGAACAGAAGGUGUUGAUAGCCAGCUUUCAGUUUAUGAGCAUGCAGUACCUGUUUUGAUUUCACUCCUUAAAUUUUUGUCAGAAGAUUGCUUUACAGGCAACAUUCAAGUCAUUUCCUUGUUUGGUAAAUAUACCUGGAAUUGGAUUUCUCCUAGACUAUUACAUGGUAUUUCUUCAACACCCUCGACAAAAGAUUGUCAGAUUUUGAGAGAAUUUGAGGUCCAGGCAAGAUCACUUCAAAUUAUACCAGCGGGAGAAGACACCAUUUCAAAUUAUGUCAACCAACUGGAGACUAGUAGAUAUGAAGAAAGGAAGAUUCAUGCUUUGAGCUUUGCCAGAGAGAUUAUUAUGCGUGACGACCCCUCUAUAAUUUUGGUUGACGACUCCACAGAAAUUGGGUCUCUAACGAACCUCCUUCAGCAAUGUGGGGUAGAGAAAUCAAAGGCAGACAAGAACAACGAUUUGUCAAAUUUAAUUAAUCUUAUUGGCGAAGGAGAUCUUAUCGGUAGUAUGGAAAUUGGUUCAUUUUCUUCAAUUCAAUAUGAAAAUGAGAGUUUUCUUCAACUUCAGAUUUGUGGAGUUAGCUCUUGCGCGCAUUCUCUAAUUCAGAAAGUACAUCAAAUUCUGGAUGAAGCCCUCCUAGAUGCUCAGAAACACUGUUUAAGCUCUGCAAAGCAAGGUUACUUUCUUGUGAGAGAAUUGGUGAUGCUAUUUAUAUUACUUAGGCCAACGAUUCACAAAGAAAGACUAAACGAUCCUCUUUUUACUGCUACAUUUUAUACAGAUUGCACCUAUUUAAUUCACCACUUAAUUCUAAUUCCAUUCACAUAUGGUAGUAAAUUUCCACCACCAAUUCCACAAGUUGGCUCGUUUGUUGAUCUUCUAUUGACCCUUAGAAAACUUCAGGAAACUGCGAUUUCUAGUCUUUUGACCAAAGAGUCUGCAUCAAUUCGUGAGCUGCUAGAAGAAAAAGCACUUUCUAUGGAAUCAAUGAAGAAUAUGUCCAUGGAUCAGACGUUUAUUGAGGUUGAAACUAUAAUUGUUGAUAUAGUUCAGCGGCUUAAAAGAGUCUCAUCUAUGUUUUCUUCCACAUUACCUAUCCAGAUUUAUCUCCAAAGCUUUGGAAUUCUUGUUGAUGAAACGAUAAGUACUACUCUUAAUCAAGUUUUAAAGCUUGCCACAUCAGACGAUGUAAAAGAUGUUUCCCCUGACGAUGCGUCUGCAUUAGUUCUUCUCCUUAACAACUUGGCAUCACAAAUACAAAGACUUUUUGAAUGCCACAUAUUCAAGGUUAAUCCUAAGGAUGGAUCAGCAUCUAAUUUUGGAGUUCACAAUUCUAGACUUAUAUAUAAUGAUCCGCCUUCACUAGUUGGAUAUCUUAAGUACUGGGAUUCUUUAACCGUACUUAGGGACACGCUUGAUGCAGAUAUUGCUAGCAUAGUUCAGCAAAAACACAAGCUAAAGACUCUUUUUAAAUAUGAUGAAAUAAGAGGUAUCUUGAAUCUAAACCCAUUCCUCUCAUCCAACGUCGAUGAGGUAUAUUACAUCAUAAUAUCUUCGGAAUGA